CUACCACAUCAGUCUGAGCAUCGACACUGCUGUGAAGGCUGUCUUAGGCAUCUUCAGCCUGGUGACUAGGAAGUUCCCUCGGUUUUCAGCACAUGGAGGAAGCAGCAGGGAGAACCUGGCCUUGCAGAAUGUGCAGGCUCGGAUUAGGAUGGUCCUCGCCUACCUGUUUGCUCAGCUGAGCCUCUGGUCCCGGGGUGCUCAAGGAGGCCUUCUUGUGCUUGGAUCUGCUAAUGUGGAUGAGAGUCUCCUGGGCUACCUAACCAAGUAUGACUGCUCCAGCGCAGACAUCAACCCCAUAGGCGGCAUCAGCAAGACGGACCUGAGAGCCUUCGUCCAGUUCUGCGCAGAGCGCUUCCAGCUUCCCACCCUGAAGACCAUCCUGUCAGCACCGGCCACUGCAGAGCUGGAGCCUUUAGCCAACGGGCAGGUGUCUCAGACGGAUGAGGAAGACAUGGGGAUGACAUACGCAGAACUCUCCAUCUUCGGCAGGCUCCGGAAGGUCGCCAAGGCAGGACCCUACAGCAUGUUCUGCAAAGUGCUCAACAUGUGGAAAGACAGCUGUACACCAAGACAGGUGGCUGAGAAGGUGAAGCGAUUUUUCUCAAAGUACUCCAUGAACAGGCACAAGAUGACAACUCUCACACCAGCAUAUCACGCUGAAAACUACAGUCCUGACGACAACAGGUUUGACCUGAGGCCCUUUCUAUACAACCCGAAGUGGCCCUGGCAAUUCCACUGCAUUGACUACCAGGUUCUACAGCUAGAGAAGAGAGCACAGCAGAGCCAGGAAGACCAGAUCUUGGAGCACUUUGAAAAACCGUCACCUUUGUGGAAGCAGCUCCUCCCUGGGGACUCUUAAUGUCUUCAUGUGACUUCACAUCACCAGUGGUCAGAACUAGUUGCCCUGUCACAGGUCCUCUGGGAUUAGAGUUAAAGAUUACCUCUGGGAUUAGAGUUAAAGAUUAUUGUGUGCUACCAUGUGGGUUCUGGGAAUUGGACCCAGGUCCUCUGCGGGAGCAGCCAGUGUGGUUCAUGGACAUGCAUAUAGGCAAAAAAAAAAAAAAAAAAAAAAAAAAAAAAAAAAAAAUCCUGCACGAACAAAAGUAAUAAAAUUCUUAAGAGAAAACAAUUGUAUUUCUCUGUACACAUACAUGUCAAUGCGUGUUUAUGCGCAUGUCAUCUGGAGCUGCAAUGGCAGGCAGCUGUGAGCCACCUAGUGUGGGUUCUGGGAACUGAACUCCUGUCCUCUGAAAGAAGCAAGCGUUCAUAACCACUGAGCAUCGAUCCAGGGGGCCCUGUGCUCAGUCACACUGCUUUCCACUGUGGGCAUGGCCAUCGUGGGUUAGGGGACGCCCCAUGUGGGAUUGGGUCUGUGUAGGCAGAGCUGCGACAUGGUUCCUGACCAAGGAGGGGUGUCUAGAGCAGGAAACACGUGAAAAGCCACCCCCCUCCACCCUGUCCUGUAUGGGUGUUCUGGGUUCUAGCAGGAACGUGGUAGUUCUGCUGAGUUUGCUCAUGUGGAGUCUGGGAGCCAGCUGUCCUUACCUUGUCCUGUGGGAAACUGCCAGGUCUGGGAGCAGGGCGGGUGUGGGGUGGCGUCUGGCUCCUUUCUCUGCCUGGGGGUCCUUCCAGGGCUCCCUUCUCCCUGCAUCUAUCCAAACCUCUGCCCGCAGGCAGCUGCAUCUUCUGCCUGGCUCAUGGGCUUGCUUCUUUCCUGCCAGGCUAUGCUCUGGCUGGCUGGCCAAGUGCAGAGUAGGGGUCACUGCUAUGUCAGAGACAAAGGUCAACACAUCUUUGUCUUUUCCUCAAUGUCAGAGUUCGCUGAAUAACAGCACAUUCUUAACAUGCUAUUAUUAUUAACAUAUUAUUAACAUUAGUAACAGCAUAUUCACAGUAUAGCUGUUUGGGUGGCAGUAAUGUGCCAGACUAUCCCGCUUUCUUUGAUAGCCUGUCUGAGGCCAACAGUUUCUUUUAUUCCAAUAUUAACUAUAUACACACAACACAUCACAUAGCAAAUGUGUGUGUUCUUGUGCGUGUGUGUGUGUGGGUGUAGGUUAGUGAGUAACCACAAAGGGUUGACAAGGAGUCCCAAAGAGGCAUGAGAAGUCAAAACUAGAAAAACAGGAGAAGGUGCAUUAGUCUGUAUGGAUAAGACAACAAAACAGAAGCUGGGAAUGCUGUAGCAGCCACUGCUGGUGAAAGGGUUAACAGUGGGUGUAGGCAGCAGGUGGACAAUGGGUCCAGAUGAGAGAAAGGAAUGGACAGACAGCAGUUCAAGUAGGUGGUAUGCAGUGGGAACCCAGGCCAAGCUGA